AUGCCUAGGCCUUGGAGUAUCGAGCAACGCGCGUCUGCGACAAUCAAGGCGCGGGUGAGGGCGCGUUUGCCGAUGGUCAAGACAUCAUGCGUCAAGGACGACGUCGGUCCUCUGCCCCGCGAUAUCAACACGCUCUCCUUCCGCGUCUCGAACCCUGUCAGCGGCGCCAAGCUUGUAUUCUCACAGCCCGGAUCGUUCUUACACAACGACGCACAGCAGCGUUGCUCUGUAGGCGCUACGAUCUCCGGUAUGGCGGACGGUACCGCUGCGGCUGCUGCGGAACCCGCUCUUGACAAUCUCAAGAGUGACGUCGGUUCUCGCGAAUGCGCCGUGGGCUCUAUCUCCGGUGGUGUUGCGAAGAGUGUCGGGGAGAGCGUCACCGACGACUUGAUAGUAACAAUAAGCGCGCUCUAUGUGCCAUCGUCGUCGGUUUGCUGUAAGGCACAGCCGAGGAUCCGUUGGAGGCGGAGCGGAGGACGUCAAGGACGACAGCUCAAACUGCGCAGUCUAGGUCCGCGGGAGGCCAUCAACAUAGCAAAGAACAGUGUGCCUUUCACAUCUUUCACAGUCGGGCGCUCAUCCACUCCCGCUAAGCAACGAUGCGCUGCUGGUGAGGUCGAAAGCCGGUCGUUGAAGGGCGCCGGUGAUGCAUGA